AUGGAAGCUAGAAGAUCUCCGACCGGCGCCACUGCCACUGGCGCUAUUCGAUCAAAUAAAUCUGCUAUCGCCAAGAGAGCAUGCGACCAAUGCAAAUUCCGCAAGAUCAAGGCAAGACAUCCACCCCCCCCCCCCCCCCCCCCUUUACCCUCGUAUCAAAAAUGA